AUGCAUGGACUUGACACUUCCAAGCGCAUAGACCAUGCUCAGAGGGUCUACCAGUCCUUCCCCGGAGCUAACUAUGUGCUACCCUCAGAUACAACAGAAAGAGAGCGAUUGGCUCUCCAGCACAGACUGCUCAAGGGCUCAUUCGAGGACCGCAUCAUUGCUUGUCCUGUUACAAUCACAUCGGAAGACCACAUUCUAGACAGCGGUACUGGAUCCGGUACUUGGCUCCUGGAUGUUCUCAGCAUCAUCCCGGCCGCUGCGGUCGUUCACGCCAUUGACAUCGAAUCGCGUCUAUUCCCAGUGGACGACAGCCGCAUCGUCUCGCGUGGAAACGUCGAGUUCCUGACCACGACGAUUACCAAGCUCCCAGCCGAGUGGUCUGGCAUUUUCACCCUCAUCCAUCAGCGUCUUCUCGUCGCAGCGUUGCGCGCCGAAGAAUGGAAAAUGGCCAUCAACGAGAUGAUGCGCACGCUUGUACCGGGCGGUUGGGUGCAGCUCGGUGAAGUUGGGUCCUGGAAGGCGGGACCCACGACGGAGAAGCAUAUAGCGUUGGUCCAGACGCUAUUCAAAGCCAAGGGCCUUGUGCUCGACUGCGCGCGCUACAUCCCCGAUAUGCUGCGCGACCUAGGCUUCGUGCACGUCAGUGUGGAGGAGAGAACUAUACCUCUGGGAAGCUGGGCGGGCGAUGUCGGCGUCGGCGCUCGGAACAACUUCAUCGGAGUGUUCAGGGGUAUGAAAACGCCCAUCCUCAACGCUGGGGGCCUAGGAGUUGUUGAUUCGGAAGCCGAGUUUGACUCGCUUCUUGACGGUGUCGAGAUGGAAUGGAAUGAAACAGUGGGAGCAGAGAUCCGGUUCUAUGUGUUCUCCGCUCAGAAGCCGCUUAGCGAGUAG